GUCACUCACUCCGCACCACUUCCUAUGCCAUGCCAGAAGCUCAACCUGUAUUCUGACUGUUAUAGUGAUUAGAAAACACCGCUGUGUUUCUAUAUGGGACACGGACACAUUUAUGGACACACAGACGGCGGGAGAACAAGUUUUUAUAAAGUGACGCGAACCGGUUGGCUGACGACAGACCGGCUUCGGAAGCGCAGGCGAAUCCGGUAGUACAGAUUUCAGUGCGGAUAAAACUCUUCUUUUCAACCUUGUCGCUGCUGUCAGUCACGAAACGGAAAGAUAGCAUUAGUGUCGUUUAUUUAUUCAUAUACAGGAGCAGGUGGAUUUUCUGCUACUUUUUUGUUUUUGAAAUGACGUCACAUUUCUAGGUGCGUGACGCCAGUGUAUUCAGGACACCUUCGUAACGACAAACGGGAUAACCCGACACGGUGUGGGUGUUUUAGGGGUAUCAUGGGUAAGUUCCUGUUUUUUACGUCGUAGAUGACGUCAUGAGGACGUAAUGAGCAGUCUUACCAAAAAGACACGUUUUACUGAUGCCGCAAACCGGCUGUCCUUGGACAGUAGAGACUGGGGUGACGAUGCCCUCCUCGGACUCUACGACGAGUCCAUUUGCGAAGGAAUCUAUACCACGCAGUCAGAUUCGGAUGGGCACCCAUUGCCACAGGACAGCAUGACCCCGAGACUCCGGGACCCUCUACAUAACAAGGGCCCCCCUUCAGAUCCUACAUGCAGUAUGGACCCCAGCAAAAGCCCUGUUUCCGAUGACAUCCAUACCAGCAAUAUAAGCCCAGCCGACUACCUCCAUAACAGCGAGGGUCCGGACGUCCGGAAAGGGAACUGCUCCAGCUGUCCCAGACACCGUUUCGAAGUGACCACAGAGCUGGGACCUGAAGAAGUGAGAUGGUUUUACAAGGAGGACAAAAAAACGUGGAAGCCCUUCAUGGGACACGAUUCUCUCCGAAUAGAAAUGAUGUACCGCAGAUUCAGCGAGAGCCAAGGUGCAGAGGAGAUGCUCAGAGAUGGAGGUGAACAGGAGCCGGCUGGGUCCACUGAGAACACGACUGUUGAUGCGGUGUGUGUUCGAGGAGGACUGUAUGAAGUGGACGUGAAAAAUAAAGAGUGUUCUCCAGUGUACUGGAACCAACAGGAUGGUAUCCCCGUCAUGAGAGGCCAGUGGUUCACUGAUGGCACGUGGACCCCCGUAGAAGAAGAUGAGAGCGACCUCAUUGAGAAAGAACACCUGGCUUGUUUCAGAGGGGAACAGUUACAGGACGCUUUUGAGACGGACGUGCUGACCAGGACCGUGGACAAGCAGGAUGUUUUGUCCCACCUCCCCCCAUUCUACCUUCCCUUUCUGUUCAAAUGGAGCGGAUAUCAGACUGGUGCUAAAGGUCACAAGAGAAAGAGAUGUCAAGCCAUUCACAGCCUGCAGCUGAGCCACAGUCACGUGGACUGGUACAGCACCGAUGAGGUGUAUCUGUAUAGUGACGCCACUACGUCUAAGAUCGCUCGCACCGUCACACAGAAGUUGGGCUUUUCUAAAGCCUCCAGCAGCGGGACCAGACUGCAUCGUGGCUAUGUAGAAGAGGCCUCGCUAGAUGACAAACCUCCUCAGACCACACACAUUGUGUUUGUGGUUCAUGGGAUCGGUCAGAAGAUGGACAAAGAUCGAAUCAUCAAGAACACGGGCAUGUUGCGGGAGGCCGCGAGGAAGAUGGAGGAGAAACACUUUGCAGAGCAAACACAGGAGCAUGUGGAGUUUCUGCCGGUGGAGUGGCGAUCCGAACUGGCUUUGGACGGCGAUACGGUAGAGUCCAUCACACCAGAUAAGGUGAGAGGUCUGAGAGAUCUGCUCAACAGCAGCGCCAUGGACAUCAUGUACUACACCAGCCCUCUUUAUAGAGAUGAGAUCACUAAAGGUUUAACACAGGAGCUGAAUCGUCUGUACUCUCUCUUCUGCUCCCGUAACCCUGAGUUUGAGACGAGGGGUGGGAAAGUGUCCAUCAUCUCGCACUCGCUGGGCUGCGUCAUCACCUUCGACAUCAUGACAGGCUGGGAUCCAGUGAGCUUCUGCCUGCAGGAACAUCACGAGCAGCUGGAAGGAGAAGAUCUGCGCUGGACGACCAAUGAAGAGCGCCGCCUGCUGGACGAAAUGCAGCUUACUAGACAGAGGUUACGAGAACUACAAGAUCAGCUUCGGAGACUGAAGGCCUCCACGCUCACACCCUCACCUACGUUAAAGUUUAAGGUGGAGAACUUCUUCUGCAUGGGUUCACCUUUGGCCGUGUUUCUGGCUCUGAGAGGGAUUCGCCCUGGAAACACAGGACAGCAGGACCACAUCAUGCCCAAGUCCAUCUGCCCGCGUCUCCUUAACAUCUUCCACCCGACGGAUCCUGUGGCUUAUCGACUGGAGCCGCUUGUUUUGAAACAUUACCGCAAUAUCGCACCUGUGCAGAUACACUGGUGUAACACCAUCAUCCCCACUCCAUAUGAUGAGAUCAGACCUACAUAUUUCAACGUGAGUAAGGACGGAGCGUCUGACACAGAGAGCGUAUCCAGCCCUAGCACCUCGCCUGUGUUAGCCAGGAGACAUUACGGAGAGUCCAUUACCAGCCUGGGCAAAGCCAGCAUACUGGGUGCUGCGAGUAUAGGAAAAGGCAUUGGAGGGAUUUUGUUCUCUCGUUUCUCUCGCUCGCCCAGUCUGCCAGCAGCAGUGGAUUCUGGGAUGUGCGACACAGAAGAGAGCCAAAGCGAUUAUGCAUUUUCAUCCAUAUCUCCAUCAUCCUCUUCUUUUGAUACAGCUGUGGAGAUGGAGCACCGCAUUGACUUUGAACUUCGAGAGGGUUUGGUGGAGAGCCGCUAUUGGUCAGCCGUUACCUCACACACGGCCUAUUGGUCCUCUCACGAUGUCGCUUUGUUUCUUCUCACCUUCAUAUACAGACAGCAGAUGGUGAAUGCUGAAGUUGUGUAGCACACGUGGCUUUUACAAACUCUCCGGAUGAGACAGACACACACUUGUCACCUGUUGCACUUUAACAUCGGGGCCACGUCCCUCACUUCACUUUCAGGAAGACUUGGCAGAAUGGGUUUGUUUGUAUGUCUGCCCUAACAGAAAGAGGAAAGGCCGGACUAUGGAAAAAGCAUGUGCAGGUUUAUGCUGUAAAUCUGAAAUGACUUUAAUAAAGCUCAAGUCCAAAGAACUCUGAAACACAAUGAGACUCGUCUGUGUGCUGCACAAAAUUCCCACAAUUCAUGCACCUCUAGGGGCCAAAGAGAUAUUUCUUUACCUAGACCAGGGGUUCCCAAAGUGUGGGCCGCAAGAUGAUUACCAGAAAUCAUUGUGUUAUUAUUAGAAAUCAACAAAAUAUGAAAAAUUAGUUAGGUCAAAAAUAAAACCAUGCAUAUAAAAAGACACCCGCCUUUCGAAUUGACUUCCUCUCGAUCAUGACCCCUGGUGUGAUUAUGUCACAUUAACGACAUCAUUAGGUUAGGUGCAGCAAGUCAAUUUACAGCAUCAUGUUACACAUCCUCAUAUGUGCACGCAGAUUCUUUUUCAGGCUUUAAGGUUGGUAAACGUUGGUUAAUAUCGACCAAAGACAACGCGGGGAGGCCAGCGGAGGAGGGCGGAGAAGCACUGCAGGCAGAAAGGCCAUCGACCUCGGGUACAAAAAGAGACAUCUAUCAGCACUCCAAUCAGUUUGAUGAAAUGUGACCUGUAGUAAUAGUUCAUGGUUUAUUUAUGUGUAACAACAAGUAAAGUAAUGAGCCAAUUACUCUAAAAUAAUAUUAUGUUCGACUGUGUUCUUUUGUGUUGUCAUUAUGUGUGUGUUUGGAUAGACCUAAUAAGUGCAUGUUCUGCACAACUUUUGCAUACUUUAACCACCUCCGAGGAUAGUGGGGGUCUUGAGUCACUGGCACUGUUAUUUUGGGAACCCCUGACCUAGACUGUAAUACAUAUUAAAUGCUGGCAUUUAUUUUCAUGUGUACAUGAAGAUAUUUUUUAGAUUAUUUAGUUUUUUUCUAAAUCAAAAUGUGUAUGAUCAGUAUCUAUUUAUUGCAAAAGCAUAUAAUAUUUGUGGACAUGGUACCAAGAAACACAUAAUGAGUUGAGAAAUGAGAAAUGAACAA